ACCUGUUUUGAACAGGAAAGAUUAAGACAGCGAACGGAAAUCUAUGUUCCUUCGAUACUUACGAAGUUUUCGCUUCUUCUCUUAAGUUCAGCCAUCACUUGGAGGCGAUUUCUUCGAAGAGAACCAUAGAAGGAAGCACAGAAGGCAUAAAAGACCACUCGGUCCGCUCCGUGACCUCCGUCUAUUCUCUCGAGCAUAGGUGCUUUAAUCUGCAAUGGCGCAAAUAGUAGCAACUAGAUCCGUUCAUGGCUCCUUUGCGUAUCCUAGUCAAGGAUCCACAAAGAUUCCAGCCGAAAAGCUAAAGACUUCUAGUUUUCGGGCCAAGUUUUUUCCUGGAAAAGAACGCAAGAGUAACAUAGCUUUCCGCAGCAUUAUGGCAAUGGCCAGGAGAUCUGCUCGAGCCGAGUCAGAAGUUCUCCCGAUGUCGCCGGAGGAUACGCCGAAGAGAGAGGAGGAAUUUCAGCACCUCCAUGGCAUUCAACAACUUGGAGACACAUCAGUGGGCAUGUGGUUAAAACCAACGGUUCGACGCAAGACAAAGAUUGUCUGCACUAUUGGUCCUUCUACCAACACACGAGAAAUGAUAUGGAAAUUAGCUGAGGCUGGUAUGAAUGUUGCUAGGCUAAAUAUGUCUCAUGGGGAUCAUGCAUCUCAUCAGAAAGUCAUUGACCUGGUUAAAGAAUACAAUGCUCAAUCCAAGGGCAAUGUAAUUGCCAUCAUGCUUGAUACCAAGGGCCCUGAGGUUAGAAGUGGUGAUUUACCACAGCCAAUCACAUUAACAAGUGGCCAGGAAUUCACUUUCACGAUUAAAAGAGGCGUUGGCACAGAGACAUGUGUCAGUGUAAACUAUGAUGAUUUUGUUAAUGAUGUAGAAGUGGGUGAUAUGCUUCUUGUUGAUGGGGGAAUGAUGUCAUUAAUGGUGAAGUCCAAAACGGAAGAUUCAGUGAAAUGUGAAGUUGUUGAUGGUGGGGAACUUAAGUCAAGGCGGCAUCUGAAUGUUCGGGGGAAAAGUGCUACACUGCCAUCCAUCACUGAAAAAGACUGGGAUGAUAUUAAGUUUGGAGUGGAUAAUAAAGUAGAUUUCUAUGCUGUUUCCUUUGUCAAAGAUGCAAAAGUGGUCCAUGAAUUGAAGGACUUUCUGCGAAGUUGUGGUGCAGACAUACAUGUGAUUGUUAAAAUUGAAAGUGCAGACUCUAUACCAAAUCUUCAUUCAAUUAUUACUGCAUCCGAUGGGGCUAUGGUUGCCAGGGGAGAUCUUGGUGCUGAGCUCCCUAUUGAGGAGGUUCCACUGCUGCAGGAAGAGAUUAUUAGAAUUUGCCGUAGUAUGGGAAAAGCUGUUAUCGUGGCAACAAAUAUGUUGGAAAGCAUGAUUGUUCAUCCUACACCAACCCGAGCAGAGGUUUCGGACAUUGCCAUUGCAGUCCGUGAGGGUGCUGAUGCAGUAAUGCUCUCUGGAGAAACUGCUCAUGGAAAGUUUCCACUCAAAGCAGUGAAGGUUAUGCACACGGUCUCUUUAAGGACUGAAGCAACUAUGGUUGGAGGUGAAAGGCUUCUGAAUCUUAGUCAGGCCUUUAAGAACCAUAUGAGUGAAAUGUUCGCAUUCCAUGCAACCAUGAUGUCAAACACCCUUGGGACCUCUAUUGUAGUCUUCACCAGAACUGGAUUCAUGGCUAUCCUGCUGAGCCAUUACCGACCUUCUGGCACUAUAUUUGCCUUUACAAAUGAGGAGAGAGUUAGACAAAGACUGGCUUUGUACCAAGGGGUAUGCCCCUUGUACAUGCAGUUCUCAGAUGAUGCUGAAGAAACCUUUGCAAAUGCCUUAUCUUUGUUGCAGAAACAAGGGAUGGUGAAAGAAGGGGAACAGGUGGCUCUUCUUCAGAGUGGCAGACAGCCCAUUUGGCGUUCCCAGUCCACUCACAAUAUCCAGGUAAGGAGAGUGUAGAUGAGGCAUCAGAUGGAAACGGGCAUAAAAUGGUUUCUGCUUCCCCCCACAAUGGAUUUGAGCUUUAGAAGAUGUACUGUUGUCUUGCUGGCCGUAUUUCUGUGUAGUCCUGAUCAUGUGGACAAAUGGUAUGUUCUACAACUUUUAUGAUGCCCUACAUGCUUCAUAGUCUCAAGAGCUAUCUGCAUUUUGUGGUUGUAAACAUACAAUGAAGAAAUUUUCUCGUUAUUUUCCUUCUCUUUUCUAUUUUUUGGAAAAGAUGCACUUCACUCAUUUUGACUUUGUGUAGUAUAACUUCUCUCAUUUUC